AUGAGUACUGCCAUGCCAGAUGCGGCGACUGACAAUGCGAAUCAUGCAUCGCUUGAUCUGGAGAAACAGCAAAAUCAGCCAAACGAUGAUGGCCAGUUGAACAAUGCAUGCACAUGUGCUGCUCCGCGACAGUCAGCAUUCAAGAGUCUGGGUAUCUUGGAUACCUUUUUGGCAGUUUGGAUCUUCCUGGCCAUGGCGGUCGGUAUCAUUCUGGGCAAUUUUGUCCCUAACACUGGGCGCGCCUUGCAACGGGGCACUUUUGUCGGUGUCUCGAUUCCUAUCGCUUGGGCCUUUUUGCCUGAUCAGACAGACUUGCGAGAAGGUCUCAUUCUCGUUGGUUUAGCGCGAUGCAUCGCCAUGGUUCUCAUAUGGAUUGGUCUCUCCGGCGGUGACAAUGAAUAUGGCGCCAUCUUGGUGGCCAUCAAUGCGCUGCUUCAAAUGGUGCUGUUUGCUCCCCUCGCGGUCCUGUUCAUCAAAGUCAUCAGCCACUCCCCCAACCAAUUCGCAUUGUCGUAUUCGACGACCGCGAAGAGUGUCGCGGUCUUCCUGGGCAUCCCCAUGGGCGCUGCGAUCCUGACGCGGUUUUCGAUCCGGUCUGUCAGUCCGCAAUGGUAUGACCGAGUGUUCCUCCGGUGGAUCAACCCCUGGUCACUGAUCGGCCUCCUCUUCACCAUUCUCAUCCUGUUUGCCUCUCAGGGUCACCAGGUGGUCCAUCAGAUCGUGUCUGUUGUGCGGGUUGCGGCACCAAUGACUGUCUACUUCGCGACCAUCUUCUUUGUCACGCUCCUGAUUACCUAUCGACUGGGAUUCGGGUACCGACUGGCUGCGGCGCAGAGCUUCACGGCAGCCAGCAACAACUUCGAGCUUGCUAUCGCGGUGGCGAUUGCGACGUUUGGCGCGAACAGCAACCAGGCCCUGGCCACCUCGGUGGGACCACUCAUCGAGCUAGAGUUAUGGCAAAAAAGAGAUUACAACAGCAAGGUAUAUAUGAGGAAUAUAGGUGGGGAGCCCGCCUGGGAAGUAGUAGUAGAUUACCUCAGAGAUAUGUACAAAGUCCUUGGCAUAACCAGUAUUGCAACUAGCAGCUUAACUUGGUUAUUAAACCUAACCGUUAGAUUGCCACCAGAUGAGGGCAGGCAGGCAGGCAGGCAGCCUAGGAGGCCCAGGUAG